AUGUCAUUAGGAAACACAUUAAAAGGAUUAGCCGCCUGUGGAAACUUGUUUUUAUUUGUUCGGUCAACUUGUUUUUUUGGUUCUUUAUUCGUACCAAUCAAACGAUUUGAUCCCGGUGACGGUUUUUUCUCACAAUGGGUAAUGGCUGUGGCAAUAUUUUUGGUUGGUGUUAUAAUUAAUGCCUAUGAAGGUUUCCCUCAAUUUUACCCACUUCCAAUGCUUGGUGGAGCAUUCUGGACGCUUGGAAAUGCAAUAGCAAUACCAAUUUUUCAAUUGAUUGGUAUGGGUAUGGCACUACUGAUAUGGAGUAUUGCCAUUUGUAUGAUGGGUUGGGCAAGUAGUCGUUUUGGCUUAUUUGGCCUAAAAGAAAAUAUGCCAAAUAAUGUUGUUCUAAAUUAUUCUGGCUUAUUGCUUACUUUAUUCGGGCAAGGAUGGGAACGAAUAUGCAAGUACAAGAAUGAGUCAUUUGACUGUGUGCUAUUUGGUUUAAACAGGAACAUUAUCAUUGACACGUACGAACAUGUAUUGAGACAGAAAUUUGGUGUACCGCUAUGCCGCCAGAAUAACAAUGUACGGGAAAAAUUCGAGCGUCUUCUAGAAAAAAAACUUGAUUUCUCCAUUCGACACGCUUCUGAAUACGGAAAUGUGAUGUGUAAUUUUCUCGCUGGUCUACGAAAACGAUUGGAUGAAUAUGGAGCUGACAAGCUUUUUGAUCAAGCAACUUUACAGGUUUUGUCGAUCGAUUACCUAAAAAUUUUAUCGCAACCGUUGCGAUUUCCUAUGCGACGGAAACAACGACGUCUUCAUUCGGAACGAUCUUCCAAUCGACACCAUCGUCGUCAGCAACAAUUUGCAGCUGCGAAUUCUAUCUUUAAUUCGGGAUUUUUUACCGAUGAUUUUUACAAACAAUUUUUUAAGAUUUAUGUGCAAUAG